CUUAAUGUAGUAUCAGGAGAGUCACUUAACUUUACGUUGUCUUAAAAGAAGGAUUAACGUGACCUCUUAUUAUAUUAAAUUCCACACCUCCGUAACAGUGAAAUAUUGUAAAACAACCUUUUAAUUCGUGAAAUGUUAUUUUGGCAUUUAUUUCGCAGAAACAUCCAAAAGCAGCACAAAAGUCAGUUUUUUUUCUAUACUCCUUUUAUCACAACGGGUCAUUAGUCCGUCCCAAGAUUGCUGCGGCAGAGACACAUGGAGGAAGCAGACGCAUCUCACAAGCCGGUAUAUCUGUGGAAGGGGUAUUUGUGGGGCGCUAGGACCCUGAAGACCAAUAGGAGGCUAUUGAUAGCAUUAUGCUAGCAGAUGCUAGUGUUGUCACAAGGAUUCAUGAACUACCUUUUAAAUUGUAAUACUUUAAUUGAGACUUAGUCAUGUCUCAGCUGGAGAAGAAGGCAGGGCUGCUGAGGAGGACCUCAUCCUCUAAGAAACCCUUGAAAGAGAAGGUGGUGUUGAUGUAUGAUGAGAUUUUUGCUAAAGAAGACCCAGCCAAAAACAACCCUCGCUUCUGGGACGAGCUGUUUCUUAUGAAAGUAAAUCUAGAGUACCUGGAGUCCAAGUUGGAGAGUGUAGAUGGGGAGGAAGUUCAGCGGAUCCAGGACAACAUCAACUCUCUGUUCCACCACUGUGUUCAGGCUCUGGGAGAGGAGCACCAGAUCAAAGUAGUCAAUGCCCUGCAGACACUCUGUGCACUUUUCCGGGGGGUUCACCAGAAGAACAAGUCCACGUCUGGCUUUGACAUAAUCAACAUGCUCAUGGGCUUUGACAAGGCUGAGCAAAGGAUGAAGGACCUGAUGGAGAGACUGGACAGCCUUCUUUGUGGAGAUGGCUCAGAGAGUCUGAAGAGCCUUUGUCUCAAACUGCUGCUGUGUCUGGUGACGGUAACGGACAAUAUUAGUCAGAACACCAUACUGGAAUAUGUGAUGAUCAACAGCAUCUUUGAAGCCAUUCUACAGAUCCUGUCAGAUGUGUCCAGUAGAGGGCAGCAUGGUUAUGAUGCUGUGGUCCUUCUGGCCCUGCUGGUCAACUACAGGAAAUAUGAGUCUGUGAACCCAUACAUUGUGAAGCUCUCCAUUGUGGACGAUGAGCCAACACUAGAUGGAAUGGGUAUGGUUGUCCACCAAGCUCUGACAGAAUAUAACAGGCAGUACAAAGACAAAGAGGAAGAGCACCAGGGUGGGUUCUUCUCUACCCUCACUAGUAUGGUGGGCAGCAUGUUUAUAGCUGACGCUGAUGAGAAACUCUCUGUACAGACCAAUGAGGCGAUUCUGCUGGCGCUCUAUGAGGCUGUGCACCUUAACCGCAACUUCAUCACUGUAUUAGCCCAAAGCCACCCUGAGAUGGACAUCCCAACCACACCCACCACCCUUACUCCAACCACACCUACAACACCACUUGGCACUACUCCACCCUCCUUAGACAUGAUGAACAACCCAGAGCUGCCCCUGGAUCCCAACCUGCAGACCAGCAACCUUCUCAUCACCUUCCUCAAGUACGCCUCCAUUGUAAUGCAGGAUACUAAAGAUGAGCAUCGCCUCAACAGUGCCAGACUGUGCCUAAUCAUCCUCACCUGCAUAGCCGAGGACCAGUAUGCUGAUGCCUUUCUUCAUGAUGACAAUAUGAACUUCAGAGUCAAUCUCCACAGAAUGCCCAUGAGGCACAGAAAAAAAGCGGUGGACAAGAACAUCCCUUCACGGCCGCUGGUGUGUGCUGUUCUAGAUCUGAUGGUGGAGUUUAUUGUCACUCAUAUGAUGAAGGAUUUCCCCAUGGAUUUAUACUUGCGCUGUGUGCAGAUCAUCCACAAACUCCUGUGCUACCAGAAGAAGUGCAGAAUAAGGUUACACUACACCUGGAGAGAGCUCUGGUCAGCUCUCAUCAACCUGCUCAAGUUCCUGCUGUCAAACGAGACGACACUGCUGGCCAAGCACAACAUCUUUCAUCUGGCCUUACUGGUAGUGAACCUGUUCAACAUGUUUAUAACAUACGGUGACACGUUCCUGCCCACCUCCAACAGCUACGACGAGCUGUACUAUGAAAUUGUACGAAUGCACCAGGUCUUCGACAACCUCUACUGUAUGGUUUUGAGAGUAUCAACCAACACGGGCCAGUGGAAGGAGGCAGCCAGCAAAGUCACGCAUGCCCUUAUCAAUGUUCGGGCCAUCGUCAACCAUUUUAACCCCAAGAUUGAGUCGUACGCCGCUGUGAACCACAUCUCCCAGCUGUCAGAAGAACAGGUGUUGGAGGUGGUUCGGUCCAACUAUGACACACUGACACUCAAACUGCAGGAUGGUUUGGACCAGUUUGAGAGAUACUCGGAGCAGCCCAAAGAGGCGGCCUUCUUUAAGGAGCUGGUGCGCUCCAUCAGUCUGAAUGUGAGGAAGAAUGUCUCUCUGAACACACUGAGUCAGGGCAUCCUGCUCAAAGAGUUUUCCACCAUCUCCUGAGACUCGCACACACACACACACACACACACACACACACACACACACACACACACACACAUAUCCAUCCAUCCUCCUCCUUCCUUCAGAUGGACACACGCAGUACAUUUGUGUGGAUGUGGACAGGUACACAUACUUUACAUACAAUACAAACGCCAACAAGUACAAUCCUUGAUUGUUCUUUCCACGAUACGUCUUGAUUCCUCAUCCUCUUCAGCUGAACGAUGGAAACUGAGACAGACACAUUGACUAAGGAAAGACCUGUAAACUCUCCGGACUUCCUCCCUUUGUGGUCGUUCAUAUGUGUGUGGGAUAAUUUAAGGAAGUGCUCGUAUUGCACUGGUUCCUCGUGUGCAAUCUGCAGUAUUGGCUGGACUGUUAACCGACACAUUAAAGGUUGAAUUUAAUUGAAUUCAAGUAUUUUUUAACCCAGAUGUUCAUCUCCACCGAUAAUAUUGUAAGUGGCUUUGGCUGUCAAACUGAUCACAGAUUUAUCAUUUAUCUCUCCAGUAAUUAUUUCAGAAGCUUUGAGAGACACAUCAUGUCCUUUUCUAACAACACUGGUAAUGGUGACCCUGAGCAUUUUUGAGUUUCAAUCUUACUGUAAAUCCUCUUUAAAUGGAGCAUUAACUCUUUCUUAGUAGCUGAAUGCUUGUGCGAAUGUUAACUUAAUUCCCGUAAUGUUCAAAACAAAUGUACAAGUAUUUUGUUUUUACAUGUUUACCAAGGGGUAGAAUAUUUUGAGCUGUAGUUGAGGUUUGAUUGCUCUGAAGUGAUUAAAACCUCUUUAUUGUUGUUGCAAACUUUUGCUUUUGAACAAAGCCAUGACUGACAUUCACUACUGCACGUCAAACAAGUCAUUGUCUCGGAUAGUUUAAAUGAAUCUGAAUGUGUUGAGUGGUUAGUUUAGAAGGUAAACCGUUCAAACAAUGGUUCAAUGUUAUGAUCCAUUGAAGUGAUUAUUUCUGAUGUGUCUCUGGCAGUUAAAGUCAGUUUAGUGGGGAAAACAGGAACUCAUCCUGGCUUGUUCUCAAAAAAAAAUGGAAAUAAUUUUUUGACUGGAAGCAGAUCUUAAUUAUGCAAUUUCUUCAACUGUAGGGUCUUGUUUCUUUCAUCUCUAACUCCUGUAGGUAUAUUUAUGUUUCUUUUUUAAAUAAAGGUUGCCUUCCUAUUACUCAA